GCGCUGUGUGCAUCGCCUCCCUCCCUCCCUCCCUCGCUCCGUCCCUCCGGUUGCAGGAAGAAGCGGGCACUCGGUCAGCAGCAGCAGCAGCAGCAGCAGCCGCCGCUUUGAUUGACAGGCACUUGCAGCGCGUUGUCCCGGGAAGGAGGAGCCGGAGGAGCCGGUGCGGCGGCGGCGGCGGCGGCGGACGUGUGGAGCUCACGUGUUGGGCCUAAGGCGCCGGUUUUGCGGAGCGGAGCGGAGCGGGUGUUUUGCGGUUGCGGCACUGAGAGUGAGUGAGGGAGUUGCGGAGCCGCCCGCCCUUCCCCCCGAGAUAAGAUGCCGGGGAAAGUCGUUACCGAGGAGAUGGCCACGCUGCUCCUGCAGGACGGCUCUUCCUUCAGAGGCCGGGUCUUCGGCGCCAGCGCCAGUGUCGCCGGCGAAGUGGUUUUCCAGACUGGAAUGGUCGGUUACCCAGAGGCCUUGACUGAUCCAUCAUAUUAUUGUCAAAUACUUGUCCUUACUUAUCCAUUAAUUGGGAACUAUGGCAUCCCAAAGGAUGAAGAGGAUGAGCAUGGACUGAGCAAGUGGUUUGAAUCUGCCAAAAUUCAUGCUGCAGCAUUGGUGAUUGGUGAACAUUCGCAGCAUCCAAGUCAUUGGAGCUCCAUUCGCUCAUUAGACCAGUGGUUGAAAGAGCAAGGAAUUCCUGCAUUGGAGGGAAUAGAUACCAGAAGUCUAACAAAGAAGAUUCGGGAAAAUGGUACAAUGCUGGGAAAGCUGGUGAUAGAUGGGACAGAUGAGAAGUGCCUUCCUUAUGAUGAUCCAAACAAAAGACAUUUGGUGAAGGAAGUUUCCAUUAAGGAGCCCAAAGUAUACAAUAGCUGUGGAAAUCUGAAAAUUAUGGCAGUGGACUGUGGGAUGAAGUACAACCAGAUCAGAAGCCUCUGUAAGAGAGGAGCUUCUGUGAUUGUGGUACCAUGGGAUUAUCAUUUUAAUAGUAAAGAAUUUGAUGGGUUAUUUCUAGGUAAUGGACCAGGAGACCCGGAGUUUUGUCAACUAACAAUUGACAAUGUCAGAAGGAUUAUUUGUGAAGAAAAGCCAAAACCAUUAUUUGGAAUUUGUUUGGGUCACCAGAUCCUUUCAUUAGCAAUUGGAGCUAAGACUUAUAAAAUGAAGUAUGGAAAUCGUGGGCAUAAUCAACCUUGUAUUCAUGAAGAUACACAACGUUGUUUCAUCACAUCCCAGAAUCAUGGUUUUGCUGUUGAUCCAAGUUCUCUUCCACAAGAUUGGUCUGUUUUGUUCACCAAUGCUAAUGACCAGUCUAAUGAAGGAAUAGUUCACAACACUCAACCAUUAUUCAGUGUCCAGUUUCACCCAGAGCAUAUGGCAGGACCAACAGAUCUUGUGGAUCUUUUUGAUAUCUUUUUAGAUUGUGUGCGGGAUACGAAGCUGGGAGUUAAUUUAGGAAAUACUGCUAAAAAACGGAUGAUUUCACAUUAUUCCUACAAAAAUGCCAGUAAUGGAACUGACCAAUGUAAACUCCCACCUGGAAGAAUACAGCCUCGCAAGGUGCUCAUUCUUGGAUCAGGUGGCCUAUCUAUUGGUCAAGCAGGGGAGUUCGAUUACUCUGGUUCUCAGGCUAUUAAAGCUCUGAAAGAGGAGAAUGUUCAGUCAGUGCUAAUUAAUCCAAAUAUUGCAACAGUACAGACAUCUAAAGGACUCGCAGACAAAGUCUACUUUCUGCCUAUCACUCCAGAAUAUGUAACACAGGUCAUUUUGAAUGAACGACCAGAUGGAAUCCUCCUGACAUUUGGUGGGCAGACUGCACUAAACUGUGGAGUGGAACUUCAAAAAAGAGGAGUUUUAGAAAAAUACAAUGUCAGAGUUUUGGGGACUCCAGUUUCUUCCAUUGAGAUGACAGAAGAUCGUAAAAUAUUUGUUGAGAAAAUGGCAGAAAUUAAUGAAUAUGUUGUACCCAGUGAAGCUGCUUUCUCCUUGGACCAGGCUCAAUGUGCAGCAGAACGCUUGGGUUAUCCUGUUUUGGUACGGGCUGCCUUUGCUUUGGGUGGCUUGGGCUCAGGAUUUGCUCAGAACAAAGAGGAGUUGGUGACCUUAGUGACACAAGCAUUUGCACAUACAUCUCAAAUUCUGAUCGAUAAGUCUUUGAAAGGCUGGAAGGAAAUAGAAUAUGAAGUUGUCAGAGAUGCCUAUGAUAAUUGUAUCACAGUUUGCAAUAUGGAAAACGUGGACCCAUUAGGAAUCCAUACAGGGGAGUCAAUAGUUGUUGCACCAAGCCAGACUUUGAACGAUAAGGAAUAUAACAUGCUGAGAACUACUGCAAUCAAAGUGAUACGGCACUUAGGUGUUGUGGGAGAGUGUAAUAUUCAGUAUGCCCUGAACCCUGAAUCUGAACAGUAUUUUAUCAUCGAGGUGAAUGCUCGUCUUUCCAGAAGUUCAGCUUUGGCCAGCAAAGCAACUGGUUACCCAUUGGCUUACGUUGCAGCUAAACUCGCCCUAGGCAUCCCCUUGCCUGUCCUAAGAAAUUCCGUGACAAAUUCCACAACCGCAAACUUUGAGCCCAGUCUCGAUUACUGUGUAGUGAAGGUACCCCGCUGGGAUCUCAGCAAGUUCUUGCGUGUAAGCACCAAAAUUGGAAGCUCCAUGAAGAGUGUUGGUGAAGUGAUGGCUAUUGGUCGUAAUUUUGAAGAAGCUUUUCAGAAAGCGCUGAGAAUGGUGGAUGAAAACUGUGUUGGAUUUGAUCAUACGUUGAAGCCGGCUACUGAUGAGGAACUUGAAACUCCUACAGAUAAGAGAAUCUUUGUCCUUGCUGCAGCCUUGAGGGCAGGUUAUGAAAUUGAGCGUCUGUACGAAUUGACCAGAAUUGACAAGUGGUUUCUUCACAAGAUGAAGAACAUUGUAGAAUACUCACUGAAGCUCGAGUUGUACACCAGGGAUGAAAUGCCUCGUCAUGAUCUCCUGAAAGCUAAGCGUCUUGGUUUCUCUGAUAAACAGAUUGCAAUGGCUAUACAAAGUACUGAGCUGGCAGUGAGGCGAUUGAGACAGGAAUGGAAAAUUCUUCCUGUGGUGAAACAAAUUGAUACAGUAGCAGCUGAAUGGCCUGCUCAAACUAACUAUCUCUAUUUGACGUAUAACGGUGAAGGACAUGACGUCGACUUUACCAAACCUCAUGUGAUGGUGAUCGGUUCCGGUGUAUACAGAAUAGGGAGCAGUGUGGAGUUUGAUUGGUGUGCUGUUGGAUGUAUCCAACAGUUACGCAAGAUGGGCUACAAAACCAUAAUGGUGAACUACAACCCUGAAACUGUCAGUACAGAUUAUGAUAUGUGUGACAGGCUUUACUUUGAUGAAAUAUCAUUUGAGGUUGUGAUGGAUAUUUAUGAACUGGAAAACCCAGAGGGCAUUAUCUUGUCCAUGGGGGGGCAGUUGCCGAACAACAUUGCUAUGGAUCUACAUCGCCAGCAGUGUCGAAUUCUGGGCACUUCACCAGAAUCAAUUGACACAGCUGAAAAUCGUUUCAAGUUCUCUCGUAUGCUAGAUACAAUUGGUAUUAGCCAGCCACUGUGGAAGGAACUGUCUGAUACAGAGUCCUCCAAACAGUUUUGCACAAAAGUUGGUUAUCCAUGUCUCAUUCGUCCAUCAUACGUGCUGAGUGGGGUUGCUAUGAAUGUGGCUUAUUCUGACAGUGACUUGGAGAAGUUCCUCAGUAGUGCGGUGGCUGUUUCAAAGGAGCACCCAGUUGUCAUAUCCAAAUUCAUUCAGGAAGCAAAGGAGAUUGAUGUGGACGCAGUGGCCUGUGAUGGAGUUGUGAUAGCAGUAGCUAUAUCAGAGCAUGUAGAAAAUGCAGGGGUCCACUCUGGUGAUGCUACAUUGGUAACUCCACCUCAAGACCUAAACCAGAAAACAACAGAGAGAAUCAAAAGUAUAGUUCAUGCGAUUGGACAGGAGCUACAAGCAACCGGGCCUUUCAACCUUCAGCUGAUUGCAAAGGAUGACCAACUCAAAGUGAUUGAAUGCAAUGUGAGAGUUUCACGUUCCUUUCCGUUUGUGUCAAAAACACUUGGAGUGGACAUGAUAGCCCUAGCUACACAAGUUAUUAUGGGUGAAGAAGUUGAGCCCGUAGGGCUAAUGACUGGUGCAGGAAUUGUAGGCGUAAAGGUGCCUCAGUUUUCAUUUUCCCGCCUAGCUGGGGCAGAUGUGGUCCUGGGAGUGGAGAUGACAAGUACUGGAGAAGUGGCCUGCUUCGGAGAAAAUCGCUAUGAGGCAUACCUCAAGGCCAUGUUAAGCACUGGCUUUAAAAUACCUAAAAAGAACAUACUGCUUUCAAUUGGCAGCUACAAGAACAAGAGUGAGCUGCUGUCCACAGUACAAUCUUUGGAGCAACUUGGAUAUAAUCUGUAUGCAAGUUUGGGAACAGCAGAUUUUUAUACUGAGCAUGGGAUUAAGAUUAAGGCAGUGGACUGGCCAUUUGAAGAUUCUGACAAUGGUUGUCCUUUGAAAGAGAGGCAUAGAAGUAUUGUGGACUACCUAGAAGAAAAUCAUUUUGACUUAGUUAUAAAUCUCUCCAUGAGGAACUCUGGAGGACGGCGUCUUUCUUCGUUUGUUACCAAGGGUUACCGUACCAGGCGAUUGGCUGUAGAUUACUCUGUUCCUUUAAUUAUUGAUAUCAAGUGCACCAAACUGUUUGUUGAGGCUUUGCGGCUGAUAGGCGAUGCUCCUCCAGUGAAGACUCAUGUAGAUUCUAUGACUUCUCACAAAUUGAUUCGUUUACCAGGUUUGAUUGAUGUCCAUGUACAUCUUCGAGAGCCUGGUGGAACCCAUAAAGAGGAUUUUGCUUCAGGCACUGCUGCAGCUUUGGCAGGAGGAAUUACCAUGGUGUGUGCUAUGCCAAACACAAUCCCAGCAAUCACAGACCAUACCUCCUUUGCUCUUGUACAGAAGUUAGCAAACGCUGGUGCUCGGUGUGACUUUGCAUUGUUUUUGGGAGCAUCUUCAGACAAUGCUGAUGUUUUGCCAUUGAUGAGCAAUUCUGCUGCUGGCUUGAAGAUGUAUUUAAAUGAUACUUAUUCAACACUCAAAAUGGAUAACGUAUCCUUAUGGAUGGAGCACUUUGAGAAGUGGCCCAAGCAUUUGCCCAUCGUGGCACAUGCUGAAAAACAAACUGUAGCAGCCAUUUUAAUGGUUGCUCAGUUGUACCAGAGACCAGUUCACAUUUGCCAUGUAGCUAGAAAGGAGGAGAUCCAGAUUAUUCGAGCUGCAAAACAGAAAGGUGUGCAAGUAACCUGUGAAGUGGCUCCUCACCACCUGUUCUUGAGUGAGGAAGACCUUGAGCGUAUAGGCCAUGGCAAAGGUCAGGUCAGGCCAAUGCUCAGUACCAAAGAAGAUGUGAAAGCUCUCUGGGAAAAUUUGGACAUCAUCGACUGUUUUGCAACUGAUCACGCCCCACAUUCUGUUGAAGAAAAGAAUAGUAAUUCACCACCACCAGGUUACCCUGGCUUAGAGACCAUGCUGCCCCUACUACUCACCGCCGUUAGUGAAGGCAGACUCACCAUUGAUGAUCUAGUUAAACGACUGUAUGAAAAUCCCCGUAAGAUUUUCUCCUUGCCAGUUCAGGAAAACACCUAUGUGGAGGUUGAUUUGGAGCAAGAAUGGACUAUCCCAAACCACAUGCAGUUCACAAAGUCCAAAUGGACACCAUUUGAAGGAAAGAAGGUGAAGGGAAAAGUCAGGCGAGUUGUAUUGAGAGGUGAAGUGGCCUACAUUGAUGGACAGGUAUUGGUUCCCCCUGGUUAUGGACAGGAUGUGAGGGCCUGGCCCUUGGGUGUCCCAUUGCCGCCACCAUUAACUACAGUAAAAACCCCAGAGCAUUCAAAACACCCUACUCAAACUGAAACAGUCCGAACCAGAGCUGCAAGCCCUCGCAGGUUGGCAAGCAGUGGUCCUGCUGUGGAUCCCAGGCUCCAUCUUCCUCCAAGGAUCCAUCGCUCUUCUGACCCUGGACUUCCAAAUGCUGAAGGAGAAUACAAGGAAAAACCAGUCAAGAAACUCAUCGAACAAGAUACCUUUAAUCAGGACGGUUAUAUACAUCCUCCUCCAGUCUCGAGGCUUCUAUCACCACAGAAUCUUGCAGCCCAGGCUGUCCCUCACCCAUACUCCCCUUUGUUACAUCCUUUUGUUGGACAGCACAUUCUGUCAGUCAGACAGUUUACUAAGGACCAGUUGUCCCAUUUAUUCAAUAUUGCUCACAACCUACGUUUAACAGUGCAAAAAGAUCGUAGCUUGGACAUUCUAAAGGGGAAGGUUAUGGCUUCCAUGUUUUAUGAGGUCAGCACAAGAACUAGCAGUUCAUUUGCUGCCGCCAUGCAGCGGCUUGGAGGUUCUGUGAUUCAUUUUUCAGAAGCUACUUCAUCUGUACAGAAAGGGGAGUCUCUCUUAGACUCGGUGCAGACGAUGAGUUGCUAUGUGGAUGUAUUGGUUCUUCGCCAUCCUCAGCCAGAUGCAGUUGAGCUUGCUGCUAAACAUUGCCGAAAGCCUAUUAUUAAUGCAGGAGACGGUGUCGGUGAGCACCCAACUCAAGCUUUGCUUGACAUUUUCACUAUUCGUGAGGAGCUGGGGACUGUGAAUGGAAUGACUAUCACAAUGGUUGGAGACCUGAAACAUGGGAGAACAGUACAUUCACUGGCCUACCUUCUCACAUUAUACCGUGUUAAUCUCCGAUAUGUUACUCCCAGAGACCUUCGAAUGCCCCAAAAUAUCAUACAUUUUCUAGCAUCUAGAGGAAUCAAGCAGGAAGAAUUUGACAGUCUGGAAGAGGCUUUGCCAGAUACUGAUGUAUUAUACAUGACUAGGAUUCAGAAGGAAAGAUUUGCCUCGGAGGAAGAAUACAAAGCGUGUUUCGGACAGUUUAUUCUCACUCCUCACAUUAUGACCAAAGGAAAGAAGAAGAUGGUGGUUAUGCAUCCAUUGCCACGAGUUAAUGAAGUUAGUGUGGAGGUGGAUUCUGACCCACGGGCAGCUUACUUCCGCCAGGCUGAAAAUGGCAUGUAUGUCAGGAUGGCCCUACUAGCAACAGUUCUGGGCAAGUUUUGAAGGAACAACUAAGAAAGCAAGAAAAGGAACAUCAUUUAACAGCAAAUUCAAAAAUACUUCACUUUCUUCAAAGCCAUUUUUGACCAUGGCUUUAAGGAGAUGGCAAUAUUUGGGCUAUUUAGGCUAUCAUUUUAAAAUUUCAAGAAUUACAACAUGAAUUUAAUUCCAUGGAUUUGAUGCCUUAAGUUAGAUGAGCAGUCAUUUUUAGCUUAGUUUCUGACCUCUUGAAAAACACUCCCUGGACAUCAUCUGUUCACUGAGAACAGAAGGCUUUAUGCAUGAAUGUUAUUGCUGCUUUGUACUUCAUGAAUAUGCUUCAUCAGCCCAAGCCCUCGGCUUUUCCAGAAACACCUAGGUUAGUAACUUAGAGGUACAAGUACCUUAGCCUUUAAAAUAAUAGAUUACUCAGGUCUUUGUGAUUCUUAAAACAUUCAGCAAACAUUUUUCAGUUGUCCAAUGCAAGUUAUUAUUUUACAUAAGCCACAGUUUACAGUAACACAACUGUUCUGUUCAUUGGUAAAGAUUAAAAAGCACAAUUGUAUCUUAAAUUGAUAUAUGAUUGCUAGCAAUACAAGACUGGAAAUUUGUGCUCAUCUCAAAUUUUUCUGUUAUUUGAAUGGAGAUAUAUUUGUACCUGUUAAAAUAGAGAAAAUAGGAAUUUGAUAUAUACAUGUGCUCCUAAAAGAACUUCAAACUAUGGUCCUAACCUACACACCAGUCUCCCUUUUAAAGACUUCCCCUUUCUAUAUUUGAUGUUUUUCAAAUGAAAAUCACUUUACAGAAUAUUCUGUAUGAUAUAUUCAGUUUUAGCAAAUACUUGUAUAACAGCCCAUUAAAAAUACUUGUUUAUAGUUGCAGAAAUCUUAGCAGCUUUGCUUUGGCACUACUCAAGUUUAGUUUUGGACUGCAGAUUUGGUUUUGACAGUUUUAAACUAUACACGAGGUGGCACACGAAACACCCAUGGAAUGUUUGCUGUACUAGAAGAGUUACCAACUCUUACAGUCAGUUCACUACUUGGGGAGUCUCUUGGUCUCAAUAAUGCCAUUCAGGAAGACAAAAUUUUUUGACUGUGGAAAACUGAAAAUGGUUAAGUUGCUGACUGUGCCCUGAAAUAUCCUUUAAAUACUACUGCCUAUUGCUGCUGUUGAAUCAAAAGUAAGAUUUGCCGACAUCAGGCAAAUCAAACUACUGUGAAGAUACAGGUAUACGGUUUCCACAAGAUUCCUGGUAAAGAAACAAUGAUGCAUUUGUUGCUAUUCGAUCUGAACAAGAUCAUCUGCGUAUGUUUCAACCUUAUAAAAUGCCAACCUAUUGAAACAUUAUGUAUCAAAGUUGUAUUGAUUGUUGGAUAUGUCUGAGUAAACUUCUGUUUAUAUUUCUAUACGUGUUAGUUUGGUUCUAAUCUCUAAGAACCAGUACAUUUUUAUGUUAUAAUUAAUCAUUUAGAACCGGUAACAUUGUUUUUUGUAAUCUGUCGAGUCUAGUUGAUUGUGAACAUUAUGGUUUUCGUUGAAAGUUUUCUGUGAACAUUAACAGCUUGCUCAUAUUUUUUUAAAAUUCAAUCGUGUUCUGUUUAAUAAAAAAAAAUCUUAAUAUGGUGAACUUCAGACAUUA